GGUGGAUGUACAUCAUCAUCGAUACCAAACAUCGAUGAUAUGCAUUUAUCGAUGCUUCUUGCACCCCAAUAUCCACACAAGCGUUGCCAGCUGAUCACCCGCUGCUUUGUUUAUCAAUGAAAGCGCGCCGAAAUUGCAAAUUCGCAAAGAAAUACAUUCAUUAAUUAGAAAUUUGAUGAAGUGCACAUUAGAGGGAAACAAUGCACGCGUCAUUGCCAAGGCAAUACAAUCACUGUCCAAAGUGGGCAAAGAGCUUUUCAUUGAAGCAGACCUAAAUGGACUCCGGAUGCGCACCAUUAAUGCAACACAAUCGGCGGUGGGCAGCAUCAGCUUCAGCCGCUCAAUGUUUGAUAUGUUUCAGCUGCCAACUAGCGGCGAUUGCUGUUGUAAAAUCUCCAUGAAGCCGUGCCUCGGCGUAUUUCGCAAUAUGAAACAGGUGGAGCACUGCGAGCUGAGCAUCGUGGGUAAUCACACCAAAUUCCAAGUCAAUUUACGCUGCAAGCUGGAGACCACAAAGCAGGCGCUCAUUGCAAUUGUGGAUGAACAGAACAUUACCUCGGCUGUACCAACUGAUCAGUGUGCAAAUAUAUUGCGGGGCGACCACAAGCUAUUCAUGGAGAUAUCGAAUAGCUUCAAUGCCUCGGAGGAGGAACUAACGCUGGAGGCCACGCCCGACAGCCUGUCGGCCAAGAACUACAUUGAAGGCGCUCGUGUCAAUGACAAGUUCAUGCGCUCCCAGCUGAAACUGAAGCCAAGUGAAUUUGAACAUUAUCAGGUGCCGGAGGGAUCGGUCAUUACGUUUUGCAUCAAGGAAUUCCGUGCAUUUCUGCUCUUUGCCGAAGCACUGAAUGCACAAAUGACACUGGAGUUUGACGAUGCAGGCAGUCCAUUUAUUGUGAAGAUUAAGAAACAUCGCGAAAUUGAAUGUUUGCUGAUUCUAUCAACGCUAUCACCCGAUGAUGUUAGUUUCUCUGUGGAAUACUGUCCGCGCGAGAUUACCAUGUGUAAUCAAAGCAAUGGCACUCAAAAACGUAAGAGUAGCACACCUGGACCAGAAGUCCAACAGAAACGUCGCCUGGCUGAAGACACAACUCUGUCGGAUGUGGCCACGUCGCUCUUUCAGUUUCGCGAUCAUCAACCAGAUCAUCGGCCAUCUGUGGCACCUUCAAUACAGCCUGCACGCUUGCUGGCCGAUGGUGACACUGUGGAUGUGGUUGAGGAUGAGGCUGAUGAGGAAGCGUUGCUGCUGGCCGUAUCCGAUGCCAUGGAGGCGAGCCAAGCGAUGCCUCCCGGCAGCACUGAGGUGUGUUUCAUCAAUACGGAGGAUGCGCCGCCCACGCUAAUGCCUCCAGAAAUGCACGAAGACAUCGCGGAAGAGGAUGAGGAGGAGAGCAUACCACAGUCCCCAGAACGAGAGCGAAAUCGGAUGGUGCGUACCAUAUUUUCGCGGUGCUUCCAAAACACUUUUGUGCCACGUGAGCCGUCGCCCAAUAGUCAAGUUUAUGCCGCGAAUUCGGAUACAGAGGAUUAGACUAGUUUGUUCGUUUAUUUAUAAACACCGUUUAAACAUGUGCAUGUCCAGAAA